AUGAUGGAGCCCUGGCUGGUUUAUGACGGGCAGAAACUGCUGUUAUGGGGCGCCGCAAACGCAGUGUUCUUGGCGGUCGUCACCCUGCUUUUGACUCAUUUGGCAAACUAUGCGCGGAAAUGGAAGCAGAUGAGGGGCAUCCCGACAGUUGCUGGCGCCUUCCCGCUGUUGGGCCACGCACUGCUGAUGAAGACUGACGGUAAAGAAUUUUUUCAGCAGAUCAUACAGUACUCUGAAGAAUACCGACAUAAACCACUGCUGAAACUCUGGAUUGGGCCGGUGCCAUUGGUGGCCCUUUAUAAGGCAGAAAAUGUGGAGGUGAUUUUAACUAGUUCCAAGCAAAUUGACAAAUCAUCUCUGUACAAGUUUCUAGAACCAUGGCUUGGCCAAGGACUUCUAACAAGUACUGGAAACAAAUGGCGCACCAGGAGAAAGUUGUUAACACCCACUUUCCAUUUUACAAUUCUGGAUGAUUUCUUAGAUGUCAUGAAUGAACAAGCAAAUAUAUUGGUUAAUAAACUGGAAAAACAUGUUGACCAAGAAGCAUUUAACUGCUGUUUUUACAUCACUCUCUGUGCCUUGGAUAUUAUCUGUGAGACAGCUAUGGGGAAGAAUAUCGGUGCUCAGUAUAAUGACGAUUCUGACUAUGUUCAUGCAGUUUAUAGGAUGAGUGACAUAAUUCUUCGAAGAGUAAAGAUGCCCUGGUUUUGGCCUAACUUUUGGUACUCUAUGCUUAAAGAAGGAAAGGAGCAUAGAAGGAACCUUAAGAUUCUACAUAAUUUUACCAACAAUGUCAUAACUGAACGAGUGAGGCAAAUGAAGUCAGAGGAAAAAGGUAGAGGUGAUUAUGAGAAAAACAAACGCAGAGCUUUUCUUGACUUGCUGUUGAAUGCGGUUGAUGAUGAGGGGAAAAAGCUAAGUCACGAAGACAUUCGAGAAGAAGUGGACACCUUCAUGUUUGAGGGCCAUGAUACAACAGCAGCUGCAAUAAACUGGUCUUUGUAUCUGUUAGGAUGUUAUCCAGAAGCCCAGAAAAAAGUGGAAAAUGAACUGGAUGAAGUGUUUGGGAACUCGGAUCGCCCUACUACUUUAGAAGACUUAAAGAAACUUAAAUACUUGGAGUGUGUUAUCAAGGAAAGCCUUCGCAUUUUUCCUUCUGUUCCUUUAUUUGCCCGAACACUUACUGAAAAUUGUGAAGUUGGGGGCUACAAAAUUUCUAAAGGCACUGAAGCUGUCAUCCUUACCUAUGCCCUGCAUAGAGAUCCAAAAUACUUCCCAGAUCCAGAGGAGUUUAAGCCAGAAAGAUUCUUUCCAGAGAAUAUGCAAGGACGCCAUUCAUACGCAUAUGUGCCCUUCUCUGCUGGACCCAGAAACUGUAUAGGUCAAAAAUUUGCAAUGAUUGAAGAAAAGACCAUUCUUUCUUGCAUCCUGAGGCGGUUUUGGGUUGAGUGCAACCAGAAAAGAGAAGAACUUGGUCUGACAGGAGAGUUGAUUCUUCGUCCAGAUAAUGGCAUCUGGAUCAAGUUGAAGAGAAGAAAUUUUAAUGAAUCCUAA